AUGGAAUCUUCAUCUGAAUAUUCUUUCAAAGAUGAAACCGAUCAGACGGCAGCUGAGUAUCACGUUGUGUCAGUGACGGGACAAUCGGCCUCCAGAUCUCCCUCGGAAGCUCGAUCCACGCCAUCGUCCAUUAUGGACCCGUCAGUGGCUGGGCCGAGUAACACGGUCCCUCUUUAUGUCACAGAAACGCGUGGCUCUCGUUCUACCUCUGCAAACUCACCCCAAUCAUCCAGUACACCACUGUCCACUCCUCGACUAGCCAACGUUAAUGAAGCCUACCUGCUCCGACAUUUUCAGCGGCACUUAGCACCAUGGCUUGAUGCCGGUGACCCUGAGCGACACUUUUCAGCGGAUGUGGCUGGGAGAGCCAGCCAAUCUCCACUCCUUCUCUACGCCUGUCUAGCAGUGUCGGCAUGCCAUCUAUCUCGAACGGCAAAUACGAUCUCGCCUGAUGUAGCGGAUAGCUACCAUGAGCGCUGUGUCUCGAUUAUGCUCCCGGUCCUCGACAAACCAGAGUUUGAAAUCGGCAUCGACAUUCUUCUGAGUUCGACCGUGAUCCUUCGCUUCUUCGAACAAAUUUCCUCCCACACCCCCUCCAACGACCCACAGCGUCAUCUCCUCGCAGGCUCGGUAUAUAUCAGUUCACAUGUGGAUUCAGCGAUUUCCGGCGGACUCGCAUCAGCCUCCUUCUGGGUCUUCGUGAUCCAAGACAUCCAGUUCGCGCUUACGUAUCAAAAAUGUCUUCGCCUAGCCUUCGCACCGUUUGAUGACCGCCUGCGGCGGUGGUGGGUUGCCAAGCCGGCCCUAAGCGACGGCGACCGGGUGAACCAGGCGAUCUGGAUACUUGCCGAGACAAUUGAUUUCUGUUAUAAUUCCUCGGGCCGAAACUACGGGGGCCAUUUGGGGAGCGCGGGGGAGAAUGCCCUGAAACAACGGAUCCGAGAUUGGGAAGCUGGUCGUUCGGAGACAUUUACCCCGUUGCACGUUUCGCCGCCGGAUCCGAGGGGUGGAAAGCCCUUCCCUGUGGUUUGGUACACAACUCUAUGGCAUUCUACCGCUGUGCAACAUCUGUGCCUUGCCAAGGCGCUGAUGCUGAUUCGUGAAGCCGAAGUAUACGACAACAGCAUGGAGCAGCGCGCGAGAUUAAAGGAACAAAUAUCGGAGAACCUGAAUUACCUCUUCGGCAUUGCCUUUUCCGCAGACGACGAGCCGUCCUUGCGGAUCAUGGCCUGCCAUGCACUAUGUGCUUGCAGUGCAUGGAUAGAUGAUCCACUCGCCCAGAACUUGUUGUUCGACCUGCUGCGCCGGACGGAAAGAGAUAAUGGAUGGCCGUGGGCAUAUGUGGAGCAACGCAUUCUUCAUACGUGGCAGGGAAAUUCGCGAUAA